GCCAGCUCGGUGUGAUUUACUCGGUAAUGAGUGAUGCUGCCGUUUUUGCCAUAUCCCCGUUGAACCACAGGCUACAUCGAACGGCUGCCAUGCUAUUUUAGCGGAUCUCUACGGAAAUAUUGUCCUCCUUCAAUUCAAGUCCCACACACGGGCCUCUCCAGCUGUGCGACGCGGCGCUGUCUCCCGGUUGAGCGGCGGCAGGACGAUGGCACUGCGCUGGACCGUCUCCCUGCAUUUGUCUUCGGUGGUCUAUUAAGAUUUUAAUUAGCCGAUAACAAACACACCUUUGACAUUUACGACGGGCCGAUGUUGGAGCGACUAUAAACGCACCGCUCUGAUUAUGGAAAGGGAGUCCAGGUUUGAAGACCUCUGAUCAUAUUGGGUCCACGGCCAGCCAGGUGGCCAAUCAGGCGACAGCCAGGCUUCGCUGAGGAGGGAGACCAGCAGUGAGACUGGAAGAGUGUCUCUCCUCACCCACACUGCUUCACCCACCCUGCUCCACCCGCAGCACCAUGUCCAUACCCAGCAUCAGCCCAGAGAGGGAGGGUAGCGCUCUUCCUCAUCUGGAGUGCCCUUCUUCCCCUUCCGGCAUGGACCAGGACCCACCAUCGACUGGAAGCCCGGUGCUCAGCCCGGACUCAUCUUCCCAUGAUGCAACGCUCUCGGCACCAGCAGCCUCUCCUGCAGACUCGGAGAACCUGAGUCCAGAUGAACUGGAGCUGCUGGCCAAACUGGAGGAGCAGAACAGGUUGUUGGAGGCUGAUUCCAAGUCCAUGCGGUCGAUGAGCGGCUCCCGGCGCAACAGCGGCUCCUCGCUGGUGUCCAGCUCCUCGGCCUCCUCCAACCUGUCUCACCUGGAGGAGGACACCUGGAUUCUGUGGGGCCGCAUCGUCAACGAGUGGGAGGAGUGGAGACGCAAGAAGGACAAACUCCUGAAGGAGUUGAUCAGGAAAGGCAUCCCUCACCAUUUCCGGGCCAUCGUCUGGCAGCUGCUGGGCAACGCCACCGACAUGCCGGUGAAGAACCAGUACUCGGAGCUGCUAAAGAUGUCGUCCCCGUGCGAGAAGCUCAUCCGCAGAGACAUCGCCCGCACCUACCCCGAGCACGAGUUCUUCAAAGGCCAGGACAGCCUGGGGCAGGAAGUCCUCUUCAACGUCAUGAAGGCAUACUCUCUGGUGGAUCGAGAGGUGGGCUACUGCCAAGGCAGUGCAUUCAUCGUUGGUCUGCUGCUUAUGCAGAUGCCUGAGGAGGAGGCGUUUUGUGUUUUUGUGCGUUUGAUGCAGGAGUACCGCCUGAGGGAGCUGUUCAAACCCAGCAUGGCCGAGCUGGGCCUCUGCAUCUACCAGUUUGAGUAUCUGCUUCAGGAGCAACUUCCAGAGCUCAACGUCCAUUUUCGAUCCCAGAGUUUCCACACUUCCAUGUAUGCCUCGUCCUGGUUCCUCACCCUUUUCCUCACCUUCCUCCCUCUUCCUGUCGCCACCCGCAUCUUCGAUAUUUUCAUGUAUGAGGGCCUAGAGAUUAUCUUCCGUGUGGGCCUGGCCAUCCUGCAGUACAACCAGACUGACCUCAUUCAGCUGGACAUGGAGGGCAUGUCGCAGCAUUUCCAGAAGGUGAUCCCCCACCAGUUUGACAGCUGCACAGAUAAGCUGAUCCUCAGGGCCUACCAGGUCAAAUACAACCCCAAGAGGAUGAAGAAACUUGAAAAAGAAUAUACCACAAUCAAGAACAAAGAAAUGGAGGAACAAAUUGAGAUCAAGAGGUUACGCACAGAAAACAGGCUGCUGAAGCAGAGGAUCGAGACACUAGAGAAGGAGAGUGCCGCUCUGGCAGACAGACUGAUACAGGGUCAGGUGACGAGGGCACAGGAAGCCGAGGAGAAUUACGUGAUCAAGCGGGAGCUGGCGGUGGUGAGGCAGCAGUGCAACACAGCCAGCGAGAACCUGGAGAAAGCACAGGACACCAUCAGAGAGCUGCAAGAACAGAAGUACACAGAGCCGUUUGUGACCGACCUGCAGAUGCAGCUGGAGCAGUCCAGAAUGCAUGAGGCCGAACUGUUGGGGGCGCUGAAAGAAAUGCAAGACAAGGUCCUCGAUCUGGAGAAGCGAAGCUCUUGCCUGCCUGAUGAGAACAACGUGGCGGCUCUGCAGGAGGAGUUGAAGCAGAUAAAGUUGAGGGAGAUGGAGACGCUGCGCUCAUUCAGAGAGAUGCAGGACACCGUCACUGAUCUCAAUCAGCGCUGGCAGCAUCAUAUGUCCCGCGGCAGCAGCACAGGGGGCGGACACUGGAAGGAGUCCCCGAAGAAGAACGCCAUGAACGAGCUGCAGGACAAACUGAUGACGGUCAGACUGAGAGAGGCCCAGGCUCAAGCUGAGCUCAGAGAGGUCAAACUCAAAGCCCUGCAGCUGGAGAGCCAGAACCAGAUCCACAGCAAGCUGAUUGGUCGCAACGAUCAGGAACGCUCCACACUGCAGGACCGGAUCCAGACGCUGGCCAAUCAGAACAAAGCUCUCCAGGCCCAGCUCAACGAGAUGAAAAGGAAGCAGUCCGAGCACGACUGCAAGAGUAAAGAGGAGGUGAUGGCGGUGCGACUGAGGGAAGCAGACAGUAUGGCUGCCAUGGCUGAACUCAGGCAGAAGGUCUCUGAUCUUGAGAUACAGAAGGAGGAAGGGCUGAUCCAGGGCCAGCUGAACCACUCAGACUCCAGACAGUACAUCAACGCGCUGCGGGAUCAGAUCGCUGAGCUUAAGAAUGAGAUCAGGCAGAUGCGAGGGCAGAAGGCCGCCCCCAGCUCCAGGGUGAGUAGUGGAGGAGGAAGUGCCAACUACCAGGAUCUCUGUCUGACCAGCCCCACCUCCGCAGAGGGGGACUACCUAAGCUCCGACGAGGACCUCCUGCCCAGCCCGCUGCCUCCCAACGCCCUGUACCCAAGCCUGUCCAGCCAGUGUCACCCGUCUGCCCGCCUCGAUAGUGAGGGCAGCACAGACAGCGAGGCAGAGGAGCGGGUUCUGACACAUCCGGACCCUCAGCAGCUGUAUGGCAGCAUGGUGUGCGCCGAGGCGCUGGAUAACUGAGACCUGGAGAGGGGGUGAAGGUUUCUUUUGCUUUCUUUGAGCUGAAGAGAUGCCAGAGCUCUACAGGACAAGACUUUACUUCUGUAAACACGGGCUGUAUAAUCCUACUCGCUUCUCCAGUGUUUACAUCGAUGCAGACAUUGUGGCAUUGAUUGGACCUCUCCUGAUCAUUACUCCCCAUUCAUCUCCACCAUCGUGUUCCCCACGCUGUCCAUUCCUCUGUUCCCUGACAAAGACAAACAGCUCCAGACACCAUCCAAACAUAAACAUGUAACACCCAAUAAUAUGGACUGAAUCUGGGCCAAUGAGACUGCUGUUGCCUCUCGCUGCUCGAGAUCGCACAGCAGACCUGGACCUGGGACUUUGAGGAGGACUGAAACAUGGGUAGACAGAAAAUAACUCCCUAAGCUAAGGUGACACUGUAUGCUCGGUCUACCCUAUGUGACUCUUCUUCCUGAUUGGUUCCGAGUUAUUUAUCCUCUCUUUUCCCUUUUUAUGCUCUAAAUUGGCAGAAACACACAAAAGAAAACUAUUAGUGAUCGAUUUACCUCUCGGUAGUAGAGAAGUAUCAGAAAUGAAAAGUUGGUGAGUGUGAGAGGAAGAGGUGCAGUGCAGGAAUAUAAACCCAUCAAACUGAAGGGAUAUCACAAGAUUGCAUUCAGUAAUGAAUCAUGAACUCUUUAACAUACUGUGUGUGCUGUCUGUGUCUGUGGCUUGCAGAUGACAAGAAGCCAGGCGAGUUAAUACAACACCUCAUAUCAAAACAUAUUCAUCAUGACCCAAGAAAAGAAAGGAAGAAACUUAAUGUUGCCAAAUCUUUUGUUUUUGUCAUUUUUAAUUAUUUAUAUAUGUUGUAAUUUAUUUUGAUAUUCUUAUUUUUUUUUAUAUACAUGUAACUAUAGGAGUGUAGAUACCGACAGAGGCCAAACUUUCUACACCGUCCUUUGUGCCAACGAGUCGUCUGUUACAGGUUUACUUACUGUGAGUGUUUCAGAGACUAAAAUGUGCUGCUAUGAUUUUGAAUUUAUUUUUGUUUUUCUGUUCUUUUUUGUGUAAUAUUUUAGAGGUCAACAUGUAACCUCCUGUUUACCAUAGAUUCUGUGACGGCUACUGGUGCAGACUGAUCAAAUCCUUAAAAGACUGAACAUUGAAUAACUUGAUUAUUCCCUAGAGCUAUUGUGCUUUUUCUUCAAACGCAUAAUCAUUGUUUAUGUGCAAUUCAAAAGGAAUUGUUUGACAUUUAGGAACAUUAAGUUGCUUUCCUGCUGAAAGUAAGAUGAAAAGGUUGACACCACUUCCUUAAAAGUCUGUAAAAAAAAAGAAGAAGCUACAGCCAGCAGAUAGUUAGCCUAGCUUAGCCAUUGCAUAUUCAUCCAUCAUUUAAAAACGUUUUUUGACAUUAACUGACAUUUUAAAAGUAACAGUAACAAAGAAGAAUAUGUUACAUCAUAAAGUCAGUGAACUGACUCAGAAAUGUCAAUUAAAAUUACAACGACAAUGCAAGAGCUACCUGGUGUUUGCUAAUGUUAGCUUAUUAACUACAAAUAAGGGUGAUGCAGCUAGCUUAAUCCCUUGAGCAAACGUGCAAUAUGGCUUAGUAUGUUUACAUUGAACUUGUAAAAGGAAGAUUUGGUAUUUCCCUUUUCAAAGUCACAACUUUUAAUUAGUUAGCAUCAGAGCCAGGCUGGCUGUUUUCCCCUGUUUGCAGUCUUUAUGCUAAUAUAAGACAACCAACCCCUGUAGCUUCAUAUCUAACAGACAGGCAUGACAGUAUUCUCAGUCUUCUCACCCAGAAUGUCAAACAAUUCCUUCAAUUGUCAGUGUCCCAUACAAGCCCAAAGAAAUUCAGGUAACAGUGCUGAUCUGUACUCUCCAGUUCAAAUGCUCAUAUCACUUUUUGACAGCUAAAACUGCAGCAUGUGGGCCGAUGAAAGUGGAGAGAGUAGUUUAAAUAUCGAAAGGGAUAACAGAGAGGGUCUGGGUGAAAAAUAUUUUACAUAUCAAACGUUAAUAUAUUCUGUGUAGAGAAAGAGGAUUGUAAAAUGUAUGGAGACAUAUAAAAUAUACAGUGUAACAGGGACAAAGUAUAAGGAAACAAUUUAAAGCUGUGUCACUGUCUGUCAAGUUUUACUGAAGAUGUUGAGUGUGUAUAGAUAUAUCAAACAGGGUGACAAAUGUAGAGCAGUGAUCGCUCUUUGCACUACAGAGAAAGAGGAAGUCUGCUUAUGAAAUUAAGCAGUGCGAAAUGGUGUGGAUGAUCAAUUAAUUUCUUAUUGUAUUCAGCUCUGCAGGCUUGACGUUAUCUAAGUAUUGUGAUUCAAAAUCAUCCAUUCUGACUUUGCAUUGCACUUCAGUUUCUUUUUCAGAUUUUCUGUAAACUCUCAAAAGACCGACUUUCAUUACUAACGUUUCUGUGAACCAAAUGAAGGAAUGUCAAAGGAGAGGAUGUCUGCAGUCUUCUACGAAAUAAGGAAAGAGGAUGUUGGUUUGCCCACCAUACUGUUGCAAAUAACAGCUUUUAUUGGUCAUUGAGGGGUGUAGCAACUGAAAUCUAUACACUAGAAUAAGUGUUUGGGUGCUGUCACACCAAAUGAGUGUUAAGUUAUUUGUCCAACUGGCAGCAGCUCUUUGAUUGAUGAGACUUAGGCUGAAUUCCUCACUUAGUAGAGUUAUAAUCCUUAAGAUCAUUCUAUUAAACAUAUUUUAUUACAACACACAUGUAUGGCUCUUAUCAUAUUAUCACAUAUUUAUUUUACUGAUGAAUGAAAGGAUUAACUGGAAAAGAUGGAUUUUCGCAUUGGACCUGAUGCAGUUGCCUGCAUGCUAUUCAUGUAAUGCACAAGGCAACAUGGGUCUGAAAACAUAGGCGACUUUCAUUCUCUCAUGUUCCAGUAAACUCUUUCAGAAAUGCUUGACACAUGGUCCCACUUAUUUUCAUUGUAUAACGUGACCCCUUACUCUUUUUUUUUUUUUUUUUAAACAUUGUGAAGCGAUCAGUCCUGUGGGCCAAUUAUUAGUUUGGUUCUGGUGUGAACAAAUGGAAAAUGUGUUUUGCAUUUCUGACAAAGUAACCACUUGGAGCAUUCCUAUCUGAUCGCUGGGAGCUUUUUCAAUAAAGCAUCCCCAUCACUAACUAAGUCAGAUGAAUCACUAACUCAAAUCUUCAGGAUUUUAAAUAAAUUAUUUUAAUUUAGAUUUAAGUCCGAAAAUUUAAGAAGCUUUUAUUCAGUGCCGAGUAUCAGUUUCCUUUUCAAAAGGAACCCUAAUCUGUAGUAAGAUCAGUGCUCAGUGUCUUAAACACAUUGCAGCUCAGUGAUGGUGCUCUGUGCUCACCACUGUCUGAAUACAACUCUACCUACUGUGACAAAAACCUUUUGAUAUGUUUGUAAAUUACUUUUAAUAUGGUACAAGCUCUCAUCCUUAGUAUUAUUUUUAUAAUUACCAGCCUAUUUUGGUUUCUCCUGCUAACAGCAUUACACAAGACGAUAUUGAUUAAACAUCCUAAUGUGCCAUACAGGUAGGUCGUUUUACACCCUUGCUUAGCGACUUCAUGUUAGUUUACCAAGUGUUUAAUUGACAGUCAGCCACUACAGCCCUUCAUUAAACAGCCAUGUAAUAUAAAGUGAUGUGUGGACUGAAAUACGCUCACACUGUGUUGCUCCAGAUGUAUCAUCUUGAAACUGGAUCAUCCAACAAUUGCCCUGAUCUAAAGUGGGGGAAAAGACAAUGCAGAGCAAAAUUGUGUGUCUCAUGUGAGUUCCUCCUCACAAAAAGUGUUGAUUAGUCUGGAGUAGGAUUUCUCCGAUGUACUUUGUGCUGUAUGUGACAGCCGUUUGAUUUCCACAGCAUCAUACCCAGGAACUAGCCCACCCUCUCUCUUUCUGUCUUGCAAUUCAACAGAUGUUAUCGAAUAUAUAUAAUGACAGUAAAGAUUAUAUGAAUUCCAGUAUGAUGGGGGAAAAGAAUCAUUUCAGUGUUGUGUAUCCUAUGAAUGAUACAAAAUAAACUUUGACAUUGCGCCUUUGCAAUGGCCCAAAUGUG